AUGAAAUUUCAAUUUUGUGAGGCUCAAAUGUCGGGAGCUCAUUUGUCGGGAGCUCAAUUGUCGUCUCAUCGAUUGAUUGAACUUGAUCGUCGUUCACCAUACCAUUUUGCUAUAUCUGGUAAAUCAUUUCAAAUUGUUCGUGAUGAACAUCCAGAAUUAUUAUAUCGAUUAUGUGUACGCGGUACAGUUUUUGCACGAAUGUUACCCGAACAAAAACAACAGUUAAUUGAAACACUAGAAGAACUCGGGUAUGUUAUGAUAAAGAAAGAAAGAUGA